GUGAACGCUCAGAGCGCAGCGCUCGAGCAUCACAUAUAAUCACCGGGAAUUACAAGGUGUACAAGAUGACGACUCCUACCACUGUCUUUGUGACCGUUGGAAAUAACAGCACUGCCAACACAUUCAUUGACUCAAAGUUUCGUUACACUGUCUUUCCUAUAUUCUAUGGCCUGGUCUUUGCCUUGGGCUUGAUGGCCAACUGCUACGCUCUUUAUGUGCUGCACCAUAUGCGGGAGUCUAAAGCCAUGAAUGAGAUUCGAAUCUACAUGACCAACUUGACCGUUGCAGACUUGCUGUUUGUGUCCACUCUACCGUUCUGGAUUGGCUACUACAUGAAUAACGGUGACUGGAAGUACUCAGAUCCUCUCUGUCGUAUUGCAGGCUCGUUUUUCUUCAUCAACACAUACUGCUCUAUUCUCUUCCUUACUGUCAUCAGCAUUAAUCGUUACUGGGCCGUUACCAGGCCACUGGUGGCCGCUUCUUCUGACUGCUGGAAACGUGGAGCAAUCGUCUCAGCGUUCAUCUGGGUCAUCACUCUUGCGGCUUCAGUUCAAUUUCUCACUCAGCAGGGAAUCCAGAAGGACAAUAACAUGUCUCGCUGUUUUGAGAGUUAUCAAAACGAGGAUGCCUCUGAUAUAUACACAGUGGCCGUCACCCACUUCAUCAUUAUUGGCUUGUUCUUUCUUGUUUUCUUGAUGGUGAUUGUCUGCAACAUUUUGAUUGCUCGAGCUCUUCUGACGCAACCCAUCAGUCAGCCUCGAGCCAGCACAGGAAAGCGCCCCGGAGGUACUAAGCGCAGAGCUUUGAGGAUGCUGUGUGCUGUCAUAGGUGUCUUUGUUAUCUGUUUCCUGCCCCACCAUGUGGUGCAGGGUCCCUGGGUGUUGUCUGUGCUGCACUUGAGGAAAGAUUGGAACAUGAAAACUCACCAAAGCUUAAACGAUGCUCACCAGAUCACCCUUAUGCUUAUGGGGAUCAACUGCCUACUGGACCCGCUGGUGUAUUGCUUCGCCACCACAAAGUUCCGCAAGUACAUCCAGAAUCAUUUCACAAAGGUCAAGCAUAACAAAAACUGUUCACGCAACACAUUAAGCACGGCUAUGUCACUGAAGAGCAGACAUCAAAGUGAAAUAUGAAGAGCAGAAAACAGCUGAGAAAUAUUUGGUGUCUGCUUAUUUUAACCAAUUAUAAUCUUACAAUUAUAAGUUUUAGAUUUGAGUGGAAUUUAAUUUCAA